AUGAGUGCUGAAGAGCUGAAGAAGCAAAUCGAAGAUGCGAAGAAAGAUGUAGAAGAGAAAGCGAAGGAUGAUGAGGAAGAGGGGGGCGUGUGUGCCUUCUUCAAAGCAAGGAAAGGACGACCGGGCAGCAACAUGCGAAAGAGGGCAGGCAAGCCGCUGACCUCGUCCACCAAGGAUCACAAGAAGCCUCGACCAGAAGAGGAUGCGCCCGGCCACACCUGGGAGUCGACUCGUUCGGCCGGACCCGCUGUGCCGAAGAUGGCAAUCGCUACGGCAGUACUGGAAACCGAGACUGAGCGCGACAGGGAUGCGACGGCCAUCGUCGAACGUGCCAAAAAGCUGCAGCAGGCAGAGGCGAUGGCAGGGUCGGACAAGAAGGUGUACAGGGGACAGGCCAACUACACGCAAUACAUCGACCCAGGCGAUACCUCUGGUCAGAUCAAAGGCGCGGGAAUCCGCGCAGGUCCUGUGCGUGCUUCACUCUACGCCCGCGCCAUCACACGUUGGGACUAUCAGCCUGAUAUCUGCAAGGACUACAAGGAAACUGGCUACUGCGGAUUCGGCGACAGCUGUAAGUUCAUGCACGAUCGUGGUGACUACAAGAGCGGAUGGGAGAUGGAGCGAGACUGGAACGAGCAGCAGAAGCAAAAGGCUCAGGCCGGUCAGAAUGGCGGCGGCGACGCGGAGGGCGGCGCGAACGAAGACGACGAGGACAUUCCCUUCGCGUGCUACGUGUGCCGCAAGGCGUUCACCGACCCGGUCAAGACCAAGUGCGGCCACUUCUUCUGCGAGCGAUGCGCGCUCACCAAGUGCAAGACCGAGUGCACGGUGUGCUCCCAGAAGACUGGGGGUGCGUUCAGCAUGCCGACUCGGGUCGAAAAGAAGAAGCUCGAGGACGCCCGCAAGAAGCACGAAGCAAAGCCCAAGGAAAACGACGAGGGUGACAGUGACUGA